AUGCCUUACUUCCCUCCCAAACACUAUGUCAAAACUAUCUACGCCUUCCAUGUCCGAUUGGCCAUGGGCAAUCUUGCACUCACUGCGGCGGAGUAUAACGACCUAAUGCAGUGCAAGAAGAAGGGAUUCCACCGACAUACUACCGUAAUGAAUGGACCCAAUAUUGGCAAGCAGUGGAUUUAUUGUAAUGAUGGCUGCCGCCCUAUCACUUUGUUGGAAGCAACCCCCGACGAGCAAAUCGAGCUUGCUAAGAUUGUCGCUGAAGAUAAGGAUGCUUCGCCAUGCUCAGUCUCUGCACUGUCAACCCUGGUUAAGAAGCGAAAAGUGCAGUAUGAGAGGGCCUCGAAGAGAUUAGCAGCCGCAAUCGACAAUAUGCUUGAUGUCGAACACGCCAGUCGAAGUGUUGUUGCACGCUCCGGGGAGCGAGUCCGCAAAGCAGAUGAACAUUUGGAUGUUGUCAGGGCCCUCCACGUCAAUGCAAUAGCGGCUUUGCGUGUGGCUCAAGAGGCUUGGCAGCAUCUAGAGGAACUUCAGCAUUGUACCAGCGACAAAGCACUUUGCCAAUACCUUGUUCGUGCUGGUCUUGCCACUGGACUGCGAGGUGAUCAGCGUCGGCUUUAUAUUAGCGCCCAGAUGAAAGAGAUGGGGGUGACGGGUGCUCUAGUUGGGGAGCCCAUAUCUGCCCGUGUUACACGAACAAGCUCACGGUCCGCUGCUGGUGUGCAGGAUGACGGCACAGCAGCUGCUCAGACGUGUCAGGGGACGCCUUGGAGAGCAAGACCACCUCCGUUGGCAACACCUCCAACCACUGUUACCAGGAAGGGAAGGAAACGAAAUAUGUCUGACGUCAUGCGCUCUGAGAUGGUUGACGGUGUGGAAAUAGUGUACGCUCGCAUCAACGGCGUCCAGACUAUUGGAGAGCCACGCGAGUCAUCUCCCGAGGGCCAGGCGAGGCCUUCCAAGCGUGCUCGGAUUCGAUAG